UUACAAUUACUCUACAAUUUGUUCUGUUUUUUCCACCUUUAAAUUGUUUUAUGGUUGUGUUGGCCCACUGUUCGAUUACCUCGUGGCUGAAAAACCAACAUAUAUAAUCUAGCUUUGUCAGCAACAGCAUUGUUAGUUAUACGUACGUACGUGUUUCUUAGCUUGAAAUACCUAGUACGUGUUGGUGAGGGGAAUGGAGAAAGGUGGUGCAGGGAGGAAGAAAGUGGCGGUUUUGGUGGGGUGCAAUUAUGAGGGGACGCAGUACAAGCUGCACGGAUGCCACAAUGAUGUGUUGUCCAUGAGAGAUGUGCUGAUUAAGCGGUUCGGGUUUGAUUGUAGUGGCAUUCAACUCAUCAUGGACAAACCAGGCAGCCCUGUCAUGCCCACUGCCUCCAACAUCAAGUCUGCGCUUGGGCGGAUGGUGGAUGAGGCCCAGCCGGGGGACGUUCUGUUCUUCCAUUUUAGCGGCCAUGGCACGCUCAUUUCCAAGCACCAUCACCAUGAAGAAGCCAUUGUUGCUCUCGACUUCAAUCUCAUCACUAGCACGGACUUUAGGGAAAUCGUGAACCGCGUUGCGGAAGGCGCUAUCUUCACUAUCCUCUCUGAUUCCUGUCAUAGUGGAGGGCUGAUAGACAAGGAGAAAGAGCAGAUUGGGCCGGCGCAUAUCCCUGCGCCCAUCAACGUUGCUCCAUCUACAAAAACCCAUUCUAAAUUCAUCCCUUUCCACUCACUACUCCUGCACCACCUCUCAUCCUUAACCAACAUAAACAUUAACAAUACUAAUACAGCAGACCAGCGGGACAGCGGGAGCCGCCUAAUCUUCGGGCAGGCGCUGAAGGCGGAUGAGGGGAUUCUGCUGAGCGGGUGUCAGGCGGACGAGGUGUCGCAGGACAUAGUCGAAGACAGGCCGGAGGGAAGAGCGUAUGGUGCAUUUAGCAAUGCAGUGCAGAGUGUGCUGAGAGAGCAUUCGGAGCCUCUCAGCAACAAAGAGUUGGUGUUGAUGGCAAGAAAGGCUCUGGAAAUGAAGCAUUUGGGUAAACAGCACCCUUGCCUAUAUUGUAGUGAUCAAAAUGCUGUUGCACCAUUCUUAGCCCAAUCUGAAACCAAGCUUCCCAUCCAAUUCACCUAAUUACUAUUUUAUCUAUAUAUUUAUAUAUAUGUUAUAAUGUUAAUUGCUCUCAAUUAACCAUAACUCUUUAAUUUUCUUGUAUGAUGUUUUGAAUAAGACCCACUUGUAAUUGUUUGAAAAAUAGUUGUUAUGCUUGUAGGCGAGGUUAUGUGAUCUCCCCUUCCCACUGUCAUUAACAAAUUUGUAAUGAAUAAA